AUGUGCUGUGUGAAGAGCAUCCUUCACAGGAGGCCACUACUCUGCCAGGUCACACCAGAGAGAAACAAGUCUACCACUGACAAGACUACACCAGAGAGAAACAAGUCUACCAUUGACAAGACUACACCAGAGAGAAACAAGUCUACCACAGACAAGACUACACCAGAGAGAAACAAGUCUACCACAGACAAGACUACACAAGAGAGAAACAAAUCUACCACUGACAAGACUACACCAGAGAGAAACAAGUCUACCACAGACAAGACUACACCAGAGAGAAACAAAUCUACCACUGACAAGACUACACCAGAGAGAAACAAAUCUACCACUGACAAGACUACACCAGAGAGAAACAAGUCUACCACAGACAAGACUACACCAGAGAGAAACAAAUCUACCACUGACAAGACUACACCAGAGAGAAACAAAUCUACCACUGACAAGACUACACCAGAGAGAAACAAAUCUACCACAGACAAGACUACACCAGAGAGAAACAAAUCUACCACUGAAAAGACUACACCAGAGAGAAACAAGUCUACCACUGACAAGACUACACCAGAGAGAAACAAGUCUACCACUGACAAGACUACACCAGAGAGAAACAAGUCUACCACUGACAAGACUACACCAGAGAGAAACAAGUCUACCACUGACAAGACUACACCAGAGAGAAACAAGUCUACCACUGACAAGACUACACCAGAGAGAAACAAGUCUACCACAGACAAGACUACACCAGAGAGAAACAAAUCUACCACUGACAAGACUACACCAGAGAGAAACAAAUCUACCACUGACAAGACUACACCAGAGAGAAACAAGUCUACCACAGACAAGACUACACCAGAGAGAAACAAAUCUACCACAGACAAGACUACACCAGAGAGAAACAAAUCUACCACUGAAAAGACUACACCAGAGAGAAACAAGUCUACCACUGACAAGUAUACACCAGAGAGAAACAAGUCUACCACUGACAAGACUACACCAGAGAGAAACAAGUCUACCACUGACAAGACUACACCAGAGAGAAACAAGUCUACCACUGACAAGACUACACCAGAGAGAAACAAGUCUACCACUGACAAGACUACACCAGAGAGAAACAAGUCUACCACUGACAAGACUACACCAGAGAGAAAGAACAGAAAAGCAGAGAACAACAGAAGACGGCGCAAGAAUACAAAUAUUAUAUUUGGGAUUGUGGCAUUGUUCCCACCUCCAUUCUGAACCUCCCUCAGCCCUAGUCUCACCAGGAAAC